AUGACAAACCCUACUCAUCAUUUAGUUAAAAAAACAACAUAUCUUUUCCAAAUUCCAUGCAGGCGUUCAGACUCUAGUUACACACGUAAAAACUUAUCCUCUUCGUUUUUUCAAGCCAUCGACUUUCUAAACCCGUUCUGGGUUCAACUUAUAUAUUUUGUCACUGUUUCUUUAGUGGGGUUUGUGGCUUUGAAAACCCUAGAGUUCAAAACAUCUUCGUUUAAACCUAAAAACAUCGACUUGUUCUUCACAGCCGUUUCUGCAGUAACAGUUUCAAGUAUGUCAACACUUGACAUGGAAAUAUUUUCAAACAGCCAACUCAUUGUUUUGAUGUUUCUCAUGUUCAUGGGAGGCGAAGUUUUCGUUUCUAUGCUUGGCCUACAGUUUCGAAUGUUCAAACAUAAAAUUGUCAAUGUUGGUUCUAAUUCGAAUUCUCGUUCCACCUUUGAUUCCCCUGAGGGCAGUAUUGAGUUGGGUGUAAUCUCAAAUGAUUUAAAACCAUUUUCAAGUGAAUCUCUUGAUCAAAAGUUUUUGAUGUACGAAGCAAAUAGAAGCGUGGGCUAUGUGGUCUUGUGCUACAUCCUUGUUAUCCACUUCAUAGGUUUUAUCAUGGUUUACAUUUAUUUAACAUUUAAUACUGGUACUAAAAUACUACUCAUAAACAAAGGGUUAAGUAGACACACUUUUAGCCUUUUCGUCACUGUCUCAACAUUUUCAAAUUGUGGUUUCGUUCCAACAAAUGAAAACAUGAUGAUUUUUAAGAAAAACUCUGGCUUGCUCUUGAUCCUAAUCCCUCAGAUUCUUCUUGGAAGCACUUUAUAUCCAGUGGUGCUUCGGGCAAUAAUAUCAGUUCUGCAGAAGAUUACAAAGAGGGUUGAAUUGAGUUAUAUGUUGAAGUACCCCUUGGAGCUUAGUUAUGGUCAAAUGUUACCUUCAGUGCAAUCGUUUUACUUAGCCGUGACCGUUUUGGGGUUGAUUUUAGUUCAGUUUGUGGCCUUUUGUUUUAUGGAGUGGCAUAACACGGAGGUCAUGGUUGGGCUUACUGAUUAUGAGAAGCUGGUUGCAUCUUUUUUCCAGAUUGUGAAUACAAGAUAUGCUGGUGAGGCUGUUUAUGACCUUUCAAAGAUUUCUCCGGCAAUCUUGGUGGGCUUUGUACUUAUGAUGUACCUUCCUCCAUUGACCUCAUAUCUUCCGGUGAAAGAUGAUGAAAAGAACCAAAUAAGAGACCAAAACAAGAGUGUUGUGGACUAUCUUCUAUUUGGGAAACUUACUUAUUUGACCAUAUUUACAAUUUUGGUUUGUUUGUUUGAGCGUAAAAAGAUGGGCAUCGAUCCCUUAAACUUCAAUGUACUUAACAUCGUUUUCGAGGUGGUUAGUGCAUAUGGAAAUGUUGGAUUAUCAAUGUGCUACAGUUGUCAACGACAAAUUAAAGGAGAGGGAAAUUGCAGAGAAGAAUGGUAUGGAUUUGUAGGAAGCUGGACCAACAAUGGGAAAUAUUUGCUUAUGUUGGUGAUGGUUUUUGGAAGACUAAAGAAUUUUAAUAAGAAUGGUGGUCGCUUUUGGAAUGUAUUGUAAUGUAUCUAUAUAAUUAAGAGUUGAAGUAUGAAAUACUCUAUGGUGAUGACUAAUAGCUACGUUAUAAUAUUUCUUUCAUAGUUUGUAGUGUUUUUUUCUCUCUCUUAUAUAUAGAUAGGCAAUGGUCAUUAGUUUGUGUGUACCUCUAAAUAUAGCUCCUCUAGUUAGAGAGAGUGGACGGGAAUAUCUCACAUGCCAAGAUUAUUUCAUCCAAAUAUUGUAUACUUGUUCUCUCUAUGAAAUAUUAGAUUACUUAUGUUUUUCGUUUAUAGUUAUUAGCUUGGUUAAGCAUCAAGAUUUUAUUAUUCCGCACCAGCUAAUCAUCUCACGACAUCCUACGAUUGGUAUUAGAGUCUUACUAGUUUUUACAUGUUUUGAUUCGAGGAAGGAUCCAAAUGGAUAUAUUUCUUGAGAUGUUCUGAUUUUAUAUAAAAAAAUUCUCAAUAUUUACAAAUAAAAAAGUUAUGAUGGUUUUUCUAAUUUUUUAGUGUUGAUUCGGCCUAUUCAAAAAAUAAUGUUUCUUCUGACUGUUUCCUAUUUCAACUACAUUUAUCGCAUUCAUGGGGGUUGUCAAGAGUGUUUUUGUGUUAUAUGUUGUAGUUGAAGAAGUAAGAAGAAUA